AUGGCUGCUACUGCUGCACUAGUCUUUGCAGGGAAGUCGGUUGCAACCCCAGCCAUCUCAUUCAUCGUGAACAAGGCAUUCGGUUAUCUCAGUGAGUGGUACAAGCCUAACGAUCUAGAGGAGCUCAAGAAUAAUCUGUCAGAAAAGCUCACGGACAUCCAAGCGGUGUACGAUGUUGUUGAUCAUCAGGAGAUCAGUGAGCAGACCAAUGGACUGGCUGAGUGGCUCUGGCGAUUCCGCGAUGCAGUCGAGGAGGCUGAGGAUGCACUUGAUGAGAUGGACUACCACAAGCUUAAAGAAGAGGCAGAAGCCCACAGCCUAGGACAGGCUGCAAGGAUGACUCCUGAGGGAAACAUGGUAGAGAAGCUGAGGGAGGCCAUAGAGAGGUUAGAAAGUGUUGCUAAAGAUUUGGGUGGUUUCCUUCAGCUUUUAUGCCGUGUUGAUAAUCUUGUCCUGCAAGAUCGUGCUGAAAGAAGUGUAUACCAGACUAGCUCCACUUUGGUGCCUAUUGAGAUAUUUGGUCGUGACAGUGAGAAGAACCAGGUGAUAAGGUGGUUGACUGAUAAUGUACAUGAUGAUCCAGAUACUGUUACUCAGGUACCGGUUUUUGCAAUAAUCGGAAUUGGAGGUAUAGGAAAGACAACCCUUGCUCAGAUUGUCUGCGAAGAGUUGAAAGAUUCAGCACACUUUGACUGUAUUUUGUGGGUACAUGUUUCUGAUAAUGUUUUCAGUUCAACAAGGAUAAUGAAGAAGAUCUUGGAGGCAGUUACAAAAGAGAAGCCUAAUGCUGAUACUUUGGAAGCAUUGCAACAGAUUCUCAAGGACAAACUUGGCCUUAAUAAAGUUCUGCUUAUUCUGGAUGAUGUUUGGGAAGAUAGCAAAAUGAUUGAAUGGGAAACAUUAAUGGCUCCUUUGCGGAGUAUCCAGAGAGGAAGCAAGAUUCUGCUGACAACCCGAAUGAGAUCUGUGGCAGAUAUGGUUACACGUGUCAUGAGAAGUAGAAAGGAUUAUUUGCAUUUAAAUGGAUUAAAUGAAGAUGAAAAUUUUUAUGCUCUUCAAGAAGUAUGCAUUUGA